UUUUUCCUGCUUUAAGAUUUGAGAGGUGCUAACCUUAUGGCAUGGGCUCCUCUGCCUGGCACGAGUGCCGUUGUUUCUAGCGAGUGGAAGUUUUUUCUUCUCUUCAGGAAUCUGUGAGCAGGCUCCAUCCAGCAAGCUAAUUAUUUCCAGGAGAAGAAAUUGCAUUUACCUGGCAGGCUCUGGAAGCUCAUUAACUGUGAUAUGUGCAGAGUAUUCUUCUUAGGAAAGCUGAAGCACAUCUUCCUUCUGCCGCGGUGAUAGACUCAUUUGAAAGCUGCAUGCUUCUUGCAGUGCCUUCAGCUCUGGAGAAAACCCCUCCCGAGAUCUUGUUUCCUGCAAAAAGCAGCGCCUGCGGCCACGUUAAAUGACUCCAUGAUGAUGUGGGGCCUGUAAUUAGCCUGUGUCAAUAUCCUGUUGCAAGUCCAUCUCUAGGCAGGUUUCUCCUAGGCUGCUCUUCUGCAAAGCGUACGCUGUGCGACUGCAGGUCGCAGUUAUUGCAUGGUUUUCCAUUUAAGACAAAGAUCUGAGGCUGACACAGUUUUUCUGACUGCUCUGAUAUCUCUGAGCCUUUCCUUUGUACUGGAAGUCCGAGGUGCAGCAGCAACUCACAGCACAUUUGACGCCUUACUGGCAGACCUGGAAUCCACCACCUCGCAUAUCUCUAAGCGACCAGUGUUUCUAACAGAGGAAACGCCUUACUCCUACCCAACUGGAAACCACACGUACCAGGAGAUUGCUGUGCCACCACCGGUGCCUCCGCCGCCUUCCAGUGAGGCCCUAAAUGGCACUGUGAUUGACCCCUUGGACCAGUGGCAGCCCAGCGUAUCCAGAUACGCCCACCAGCAACCUCAGUCCCAGUCUCCGAUCUACAGCUCUAGUGCCAAAAGCUCCAGUGCCUCUGCUCCUAGAGACGGGCUCAGCUCCCCUUCUCCCCGUGCCAGUGAGGAGGAACACGUCUACAGCUUCCCAAACAAGCAGAAGUCUGCAGAACCGUCUCCCACAAUGACCAGCACCUCUCUGGGCAGCAACCUCUCGGAACUGGACAGGCUUCUCCUGGAACUGAAUGCUGUUCAACAUAAUCCCUCCAGUGGCUUCCCAGCAGAUGAAGUCAGCAGAAGCCCAUCACUGCCCAACGUGACCGGACCUCACUAUGUCGUCCCAGAGAGCAGCAGCUCUGCAGGGGGGAAGGCUGCACCCCCUACGAAAGAAAAACCAAAGCGAAAUGGUGGGCGUGGGAUCGAAGAUGUGCGUCCCAGUGUGGAAAGCCUGCUGGAUGAGUUGGAGAGCUCUGUGCCAAGCCCAGUCCCUGCAAUCACUGUGAGCCAAGGGGAGGUGAGCAGCCCCCAGCGUGUCACCGCCAGUCAGCAGCAGACCCGUAUCUCUGCUUCUUCAGCCACACGAGAACUGGAUGAGCUGAUGGCGUCCCUCUCUGACUUUAAGACUAUGUCUCUGAUUCCUGAACCCUCCCUAGAACUGGUUCCCGAUUCAGCAGAUGCAGACUCCAGCAGCAUUCCUCCCAGUUUAACCGUGCUAUCCCCUUCCAAAUGCCCUUCUGUCAGGCACAGCGGGGAUGUGGCAGUGCCAGCAGGUUCCCCCUCAGCAGUUCUCUGUGCUGAGGAAGGCAUUAGCACUGCAGUGUGGCCUGCUUCGGGGCAGUGUGCCACUCUUCCACGCGUACCCUCUUUGCCACAAAUGGUCCCUGUGCCCCCUCCACGCGUCUCUUCUGUUUCUGCUACUCGUGGGGAGCAGAUGGCCUCUGCAAGUUUGGUGAGGCUGGCUGGAAAGCCUGACUCUUCCAGGAAGACUUCCCAGGCUGUGCCCAGGGCUGAGCUGCUGUGUAGAUCUGCUAAGGUGGAGGCACAGGGCCUGGAGCUGGCAAAAGAGAGUGAGAAAAAGGAGCAGAGAAGUGACCCCAAACUCUCAAGCGUCUCAGUUUCAAACACUGGUAUAAGUGAUCAAGGGAAGGAGCAGGCAGCUAAAGAAUUGGAUCAGCAGGGAGUGUUCAGGGAUAAUUCAGCCCUUCCUUCUCAGGGCAGAAGUGUGAAAGCAGCUUUAGAUGAGCUGUGGGCCCUGGAGCUGUCUGAGCAUGUACCAGAAGUACACAGAAAGGGUGACAGCAUUUUGAGUCCUGUGUGUGACCGUUCUGUUGUGGGCCUGGAUCAGUGGGCUGUCUUCCCAGACACUGAAAAACAGUUGGGCUUUGCUGUGGAGCGAGGACAGGAGCAAAAGGCUGAAGUAUCACCUGAAAUCCAAGUAGGUGGCUGUCCUGAGCUGGUCAAGAAGAGGCAGGGCAGGGAGAGAACUCCCAGAAAGGCAGGUACUGCUAUCAUGAACAAAGCUGGAGAAGAUGGAGAAAAUGAGCAGAUCAGAAGCUCUGCAGUUGCUCCAGAAUCUCCUGAAAACACUUGGAAAGCUGAAUGGGAUUUGCCGUGCCUCUCCAAACCACCCAUUGAAAGGAUUUCUGCAUCAGGCCAGUUCAUGGCACAGGGGAAGGCCAGCGGCAGCAGCUCCCCACCAUCCACCACCCCCAAGCCUGGCAGUCAGCUGGACACCAUGCUGGGAAGCCUGCAGUCUGACCUGAACAAACUGGGGGUGGCAACAGUCGCCAAGGGUGUGUGUGGAGCCUGCAAGAAGCCAAUUGCUGGGCAGGUAGUUACAGCCAUGGGGAAAACCUGGCACCCUGAGCACUUUGUCUGCACCCACUGCCAGGAGGAGAUCGGGUCACGGAACUUCUUUGAGCGGGAUGGGCAGCCCUACUGCGAGAAGGACUAUCACAACCUCUUCUCUCCUCGCUGCUACUACUGCAAUGGGCCAAUCCUUGAUAAAGUAGUGACGGCUUUGGACAGGACGUGGCACCCUGAACACUUUUUCUGUGCCCAGUGUGGAGUUUUCUUUGGACCUGAAGGAUUUCAUGAGAAGGAUGGCAAAGCCUAUUGCCGCAAGGAUUACUUUGACAUGUUUGCUCCCAAGUGUGGAGGCUGUGCCCGGGCUAUCCUGGAAAAUUACAUUUCUGCCUUAAACACCCUGUGGCAUCCUGAGUGCUUUGUCUGCCGGGAAUGUUUCACACCAUUCAUCAACGGCAGCUUCUUCGAGCACGAUGGGCAGCCCUACUGUGAGGUGCAUUACCACGAGCGCCGCGGCUCGCUGUGCUCUGGCUGCCAGAAGCCCAUCACGGGACGCUGCAUCACUGCCAUGGGCAAGAAAUUUCACCCUGAACACUUUGUCUGUGCCUUCUGCCUCAAGCAGCUCAACAAAGGAACCUUCAAAGAACAGAACGACAAGCCCUACUGUCAGAACUGCUUUCUCAAACUCUUCUGUUAAAGGCAUCAUAGAUGGGAGCUAAGCAUCUUUCUGCCGCCCCUUGUGGCAGUUCUGUCUCUUUGAACAUUACUGUGAUUUAGAAACCUUACCAGGCAGGGGAGGGGGCGGGUGGCAGUGCUCAGUGCUGCUGCAGAGAGGCAGUAGAUCCAGAGAUGAGACGGACCAUUAAACUGGAAAUGCCCUUGCUGUGUCUCAGUAGAGAGAGGCUCGGUCCCCUCAUUACGGUGUAUCUGUGUAUGACUGACAGCUGAGCUUAGCCCCAGGGCUCCACCAGGGAGGCUGUCCUCAGCCCCUGCUGCCAGGAGCAGCUCUGCGUGCAGGAUUCUGCCUGUGUCAGCUCUGGGCAAACCCUGACACUUGCAGACAGCAGUUUUGACACCUGGCACAGCGAGGGCAUCCCGUGAUCUCAGCAGCACCCUGCCUCUGCUCCUAGAGCCACGUGGCAUGUGUGACUUACAGACCAGAGCCUCAGCACAGGCUGCCACGGCCCUGCAAGGGUCUCUCCAGUUCCAUUACACUGUAAGGAGUUGAUACCACUUUUUGUUGUUGUUGUUUUAAGAGGAAUGAAGGUGUUACUCUGUGGGUUCUUCCUGGUUUGUUACUCCAUGCCUCUUCUCAGCACGUGGAAGCAGUGGGUGCUGUCCCCCUUCAGAAGCGUUGGUGCAGGGAGUCAGAGCACAGCACUGCUGCCCAUCCCCAGCAGGAGUGCAGGCUGUGUCCCACUGUCAGGGCCUGAGCUCCUCCCGAGGGAGGGGGGGAAGAAGCGGAGGGGUUUAAGAAGCCAGGAAACAAACCAAGUCCUAACUUUCUCUUUCUUCUUCCUCUCUUUGCUAACGAGAGCUGCCAGCCUUCGGCCCUUCCCCUCUCUGCUCCCGUCCCACGUGUGCUACUAAGAGAUGCUACAGCAAUAACUUUUAUACUGACUGUUCUGCCAAACCCCGGGCGGGCUCUGCAACACGCCCGGUUUUACUAUGGGAACGAAUACUGUAUCCUGUCUUUGAUAAGAUUUCUACACUGAUUUUCGAAUUCGUAUCUAAUUUGCUUUUAAUCCUCUUAUACAGAAAUUGGUUUUGAAGUGAUUUUAAA